AUGGCGAACAAUACAACACCUGCCGCGCACCUCAAGGCGCACCUCAAGGCGCACCUCAAGGCGCACCUCAAGGCGCACCUCAAGGCGCACCUCAAGGCGCACCUCAAGGCGCACCUCAAGGCGCACCUCAAGGCGCACCUCAAGGCGCACCUCAAGGCGCACCUCAAGGCGCACCUCAAGGCGCACCUCAAGGCGCACCUCAAGGCGCACCUCAAGGCGCACCUCAAGGCGCACCUCAAGGCGCACCUCAAGGCGCACCUCAAGGCGCACCUCAAGGCGCACCUCAAGGCGCACCUCAAGGCGCACCUCAAGGCGCACCUCAAGGCGCACCUCAAGGCGCACCUCAAGGCGCACCUCAAGGCGCACCUCAAGGCGCACCUCAAGGCGCACCUCAAGGCGCACCUCAAGGCGCACCUCAAGGCGCACCUCAAGGCGCACCUCAAGGCGCACCUCAAGGCGCACCUCAAGGCGCACCUCAAGGCGCACCUCAAGGCGCACCUCAAGGCGCACCUCAAGGCGCACCUCAAGUCGCACCUCAAGUCGCACCUCAAGUCGCACCUCAAGUCGCACCUCAAGUCGCACCUCAAGUCGCACCUCAAGUCGCACCUCAAGUCGCACCUCAAAUCAGAAGCUUAA